AAGCGGCAGAGGAUCGAAGAGGGACUGAUGUGUGUGUGAUCGAAUCCUGAAAAAACGUAACUUUUGUUAAUGAUUUUGUCAACUAAUUUGCAAGUGUGGUGCGGCAACACUGGAUUACUUUGAUUAUUUCUCUGGAUAACGGAUAUCUCAAGAUUUUGAUCUUCUCAUGUGCUUUACGCGGAGAACUUAAAUCCAACCGGUGUUCGUGCACUAUUUUUGGCACGAUGGAGCAUCGCAACCUUGUGUUUAGUGCUAUUUUUUGGGGCUUACUUUUGACAGUUAUAUUUCAUCCUGCUCCAACGGAAGGUCUUGUGUCAUGUUCCCCAAAUCCUUGUAAAAAUGGAGCUUCUUGCGUUUCUAAUCCGAAAGGCGAAUCUUACUGCAACUGUCCCGACUUGUACGUUGGCCAAUAUUGUCAGCACAUGAACCCAUGUUUUACCGGCCCUGGACCUAGAUGCCAAAAUGGCGGUACCUGUAAUGUCGGAUUAAGUGCUAAGAAUGCACCAACAUUCUCAUGCUCCUGUCCUGUCGGUUAUUCCGCUUCGCUUUGUGAGAUCGCCGUCCCCAACAGCUGUGAUAGUAAUCCCUGCCAAAAUGGAGGAACUUGCAAUCUAGUCACUUUGGACAACUACACUUGUUCUUGCACAGUUGGAUAUCGAGGUCGUCACUGUGAAGAGUUGGACCAUUGUUCUUCCAGACCUUGUCGGAACGGUGCCACUUGUGUUUCUAGGCAAGACAACUAUAAAUGUACCUGUUCAGAAGGUUUCAGUGGGCCUACAUGUACUACUGAUAUUGACGAAUGUGGGAGAGAUCCUUGCAUACACGGGCGAUGUGUGAACACUGUUGGAUCAUAUAGGUGUACUUGUGAAACCGGCUAUACUGGUCAAAAUUGUGAAUCUCAGUAUAUCCCUUGUGAACCCAGCCCCUGUGAAAAUGGUGGUACAUGCAAAGCACUAGAUGCCCUUAGUUAUCAAUGUUCAUGUCCCGAAGGUUUUACUGGUACUAAUUGUGAAGUAAAUAUUGAUGACUGUCCCGGUAAUAUUUGUCAGAAUGGAGCUAAAUGUAUUGAUGGCAUCAACAGUUACACAUGCCAGUGUCCACCAACUUAUACUGGCUCUUAUUGUAGCAAAGAUGUAGAUGAGUGUUCUGUGAGGCCCAGCGUUUGUAAGAAUGGUGCUACCUGCAUCAAUACCGUUGGUGGUUAUUCGUGCAUAUGCGUAAAUGGAUGGUCUGGUGAUGAUUGCAGUGAAAAUAUUGACGACUGCGCUGGUGCAGCUUGCUUCAACGGCGCUACCUGCCACGACAGAGUUGGGUCUUUUUACUGUCAGUGUGCGCCUGGGAAAACAGGUCUACUUUGCCAUCUGGAAGAUGCCUGUGCUAGUAAUCCUUGCCAUGUUGGUGCCAUUUGCGACACUAGUCCUAUUGAUGGCACCUACAUUUGUUCCUGUCCCAGCGGUUUUAAAGGAGUUGAUUGUACAAAAGAUGUAGAUGAAUGCGAAGAAGGAUCCCCCUGUGAACAUGGAGGAACUUGUGUUAACACUCCAGGUUCUUUCCACUGCAACUGCACGAAAGGCUUUACCGGACCUAGGUGCGAGAUAAAUAUAAAUGAAUGCGAUUCGAAUCCGUGCAAAAAUGAAGGAACUUGCCUUGAUGAAAGAGGUGGCUUUCGUUGUGUCUGCAUGCCAGGGUACAGCGGAUCUCACUGUGAGGACGACAUUGAUGAAUGCAAUCCAAAUCCUUGUCUAAAUGGAGGCAUUUGCAGUGAUAGAAUCAAUGCAUUCAAGUGUCUAUGCCCCAUUGGUUUUUCUGGUAAGAAAUGCGAAAUCAAUGAAGAUGACUGUUCUACACAUCCUUGUCAGAAUGGUGGCAAUUGUACCGAUGGUAUUGCUAGCUAUACUUGCCAUUGUAAUCCUGGUUUUACUGGUACUAAUUGUGAGACUAACAUUAAUGAUUGUCUGUCAUCACCUUGCCAUCAUGGGCAGUGUAUUGAUGGAACUAACUCCUUUGUAUGCAUGUGUGAUCCUGGCUAUAAAGGUCCUCUAUGCCAAACCCAGAUUGAUGAAUGUCUUAGCAAUCCUUGCCAACAUGGAGGAAUUUGUGAGGAUCUGGUGAAUGGUUAUCAGUGCCGAUGUCGAGCAGGCACAUCUGGAACAAACUGCGAGUACAACAUUAAUGAAUGUUCCAGCAAUCCAUGCCGUAAUGGUGCAAAAUGUAUUGAUGGCAUCAAUUCUUAUACUUGUCAGUGUAUACCAGGUUUCACUGGUUUGCAUUGUGAUACCAACAUCAAUGAAUGUGCUAGCAAUCCAUGUGCAAAUGGAGGAAUUUGUACAGAUCUGAUUAAUGGUUUCAAAUGUGAAUGUCCUAGAGGGUACUUUGAUGCACGAUGUCUAUCUGAUGUAAAUGAAUGUGCCAGCAAUCCAUGUCUCAAUGGAGGUACCUGUGAAGAUGAAGUCAACAAAUUCAAAUGUCAUUGCAUUGAAGGCUAUGGUGGUCACCGUUGCGAGGCAGAAAUUGACGAAUGUCAGUCCAACCCUUGUCAACAUGGUGGAAGUUGUCAAGAUCGCCUUGCAGCUUAUGAGUGUUCCUGUUUGCCAGGAUACAGUGGCCAGAAUUGUGAAACAAAUAUUGAUGAUUGUGAAAGCAGUCCCUGCUUGAAUGGAGGUUCAUGCAUAGAUUUAGUCAAUGCUUACCAAUGUGUGUGCGAGGUACCCUUUACUGGUUUAAGAUGCGAUACAGAACUGGAUCCAUGUUCUCCCAAUAAGUGUAAAAAUAAUGCCAAGUGUACUCCAUCUUCUAAUUAUUUAGACUUUGUCUGCUCUUGUGAAAUAGGCUAUACAGGUCAUCUUUGCGAUGAAGACAUUGAUGAAUGUGCUAUUUCAUCUCCUUGUCGUAAUGGGGCAACUUGCGUGAACACAAAAGGCUCAUAUAAAUGUGUUUGUGCCAAAGGAUAUGAAGGAAGGGACUGUCUUAUUAAUACUGAUGAUUGUGCAUCUUUCCCUUGCCAAAAUGGAGGGACCUGUUUAGAUGGCAUUGGAGAAUAUACUUGUCUUUGUGUUGAUGGCUUUGGUGGAAAUCACUGUGAAACUGACAUCAAUGAAUGUGCUAAUGCUCCCUGUCUUAAUGGAGCUACUUGCAAUGAUUAUGUCAACAGUUAUACUUGUACUUGCCCUCUUGGAUUCAGUGGCACAAAUUGUCAAACAAAUGAUGAAGAUUGCACAUCAAGCUCUUGCAUGAAUGGUGGUACAUGCAUAGAUGCAAUAAAUAGUUAUAAUUGCCUGUGCACUCCUGGCUAUACUGGAUCAAACUGUCAGUUUCGUAUAAAUGAAUGUGAUUCACAACCAUGCCAAAGUGGAGGAACUUGUGUUGAUCAUAUUGGCCAUUAUACCUGUCAUUGUCCGUUUGGGUAUACAGGACUACACUGCGACAACUUUGUUGAUUGGUGUAGUACCAAUCCCUGUAUGAAUGGUGCUACAUGCAUGCAACUCAAUAAUACAUACAGCUGUACCUGCCAACCUGGAUGGACUGGAAUGUUAUGUGAUGUAUCAAUGGUAUCUUGCUCUGAUGCAGCAGCCCAAAAAGGAAUUAGUAUUGAAGAUUUGUGCAAGAAUGGAGGGACUUGUGAAAAUCGAGGAAAUAGCCAUCAAUGUAUUUGUGCAAACGGUUAUGAAGGCAGCUAUUGUCAACAUGAAAUCAAUGAAUGCAGCUCACAACCUUGCCAGAAUGGUGCAACUUGUAACGAUCUCAUUGGUCAGUAUUCAUGUGAUUGUGCACCUGGUUUCCAAGGUUUGAACUGUGAAUUUAAUAUUAAUGAUUGUGACCCUAAUCCUUGCCAGAAUGGUGGAACUUGCCAUGAUUUAAUCAAUGCCUAUGUUUGCUCUUGCCCUCAUGGUACUCUGGGAAUACUAUGUGAAAUUGAUGUUAAUGAAUGUUUUGAAGGUGCAUGUCAUCAUGAUGGUAAAUGCAUCGACAAAAUUGGGCAUUAUGAAUGUCAAUGCCAACCUGGAUAUGUAGGCCCAAGAUGUGAAGGAGAUGUUAAUGAAUGUCUAUCAGAUCCAUGUAAAAGGCCUGGAACACAAGAUUGUGUUCAGUUAAUAAAUGACUACCGAUGUGAUUGCAAGUUAGGUUAUAUGGGAAGACACUGUGAACUGAAAGUUAACUACUGUGCUACAAAUCCUUGUUUAAAUGGUGGAGUUUGCAGUUACAGUCCUGAUGGAUCACCAGUUUGCAUAUGUCCUGAAGGCUUCUGGGGAGAAACUUGUGGUGUUACUAAUACUACAUGUGCUAGUUACCCUUGUAAGAAUGGAGGUCAGUGUAAACCUAACCAACAUGGCUAUUCUUGCACUUGCCCUCAAGGAUUGGGAGGGCGUCACUGUGAGAAAGAUUUAGUAGAUGACUGCUUAUCUUCACCUUGCCUUCAUGGUGGAGAUUGCAUUGAUAGAAUUGGCACAUAUGAAUGUGAUUGCCCACCUGAGUGGAAUGGCUUACGAUGUGAUGUGUAUGACUCAACAUUUGGUGGUGGAAUUGUUGACAUCACACCUCAAGAUAAUAUCCAGAAAUCUUUAGAGGAAGAAAAGAAGAUGUGCUUGGCCAACUCCUGUGAAAUGAAAGCAAGGAAUAAUAUUUGUGAUGAAGAAUGUAACAGCUAUGCCUGUAAUUUUGAUGGUGGUGAUUGUUCUCUAGGCAUAAAUCCAUGGAAGAAUUGCAAAGCUGGCAUUAAAUGUUGGGAUGUUUUCCGAGAUGGUCAAUGUAAUGUUGAAUGUAACAACAUUGAUUGUUUAUAUGAUGGGUUUGACUGUGAUCAGCUACUGAUGCCUUGCAAUGAACAUUAUGAUACAUAUUGCCUGAGAAAUUAUGGAAAUGGUUAUUGUGAUAAUGGCUGUAACAAUCAAGAAUGCAAUUGGGAUGGUUUAGAUUGUGAACCUGAUCCUCCUGUGUUGGCUGCUGGAUCAUUAGUCCUGGUUGUCUUAAUGGAACCAGAGGUAUUCCUAAACAACAGCAUCUCCUUCUUGAGAGAAAUUGGCCAUGCUUUGAGAACAAAUGUGAGGCUAAAAAUGGAUGAAAACAAUCGUCCCAUGGUAUAUCCUUGGAGAGCUCAAGAUGUCGAAUCUUCUAUUAUGAGACCUUUUAGAAGCACAGGUACUCAAGUAUAUCUGGAAAUAGACAACAGAAGGUGUUCCAAACUUUUAGAUGGAGAAUGUUUUGACAGUGCCAAAAAGGCUGCACAGUUUCUUGCUGCUGCACACUCACGCCAUGCCUUGUCUACUGUAUUUCCAAUUGGGCAAAUUCAGGAGUCUGGAUUUGAUGAAAGAGAUGGUACUUCUGCUGGAACACACUCGAACAUGGUGUAUAUGGUGACAGGGCUCUUUGUUGUAGCUUUGCUUGCAGUUCUAUUUGGUGUGUUGGUUAACUCUCAACGUAAAAGAGCUAGAGGAAUAACAUGGUUUCCAGAAGGUUUCUUAAGGAACAAUAGUGGCCAGCGCAGACGUUCCAGGCGUCGUGGACCUGAUGGACAGGAAAUGAGAAAUCUUCACAAGCAAUGUUCAAUUAACCAUUUGGAAGUUAUGGACAAUGGUUCUGGCCCACCUGAUAGCCAGUGGAGUGAUGAUGAUAUGGAUCAUCCACCAAUGAAACGAAUGAAGAGUGAUAGGUCACCCAAUCCCAGCUAUGGUGACACUCAUACUGUAAUGACCACUGAUGAUUAUGAUGAAAGUGAUCCUAGGCCUUGGACUCAGCAACAUUUGGAUGCUGCAGAUAUUAGAAAUCCAGAUAUCUUGGCAUUGACUCCUCCACAAGGAGAUAAUGAUAUGGAUCCAAACUGUGUAGAUGUUGAUGUCAGAGGACCAGGUGGAUUAACUCCUUUAAUGUUAGCAUCAUUCAGAAGUGGAGUAAAUGGUCUUUUAGAAUUGAAAGAUGAGGUUGAUGAUGAUGAUGGAUCAGUUAGUAUCAUCAAUGACUUAUUAAUGCAAGGAGCUAAAAUAAACAUCACAACUGAACGAACAGGGGAAACUUCUUUACAUUUGGCUGCUCGAUAUGCUAGGGCUGAUGCUGCUAAACGAUUACUGGAUGCUGGAGCCGAUGCUAAUGCACAGGACAAUACCGGACGUACUCCUCUCCAUGCUGCAGUUGCAGCUGAUGCUCAGGGUGUCUUCCAGAUUCUACUACGCAAUCGAGCUACUAAUCUCAAUGCCAGAAUGCAUGAUGGUACUACUCCUUUAAUUCUUGCUGCCAGGCUGGCAAUUGAAGGCAUGGUUGAAAUACUUAUUAAUGCAGAAGCUGAUAUCAAUGCUGCUGAUGAUCAUGGAAAAACUGCUCUUCAUUGGGCUGCUGCAGUUAAUAAUGUUGAAGCAGUACAGGUACUUCUGGCUCAUGGUGCUAAUCGUGAUGCACAAGAUCUGAAGGAAGAAACUCCUCUCUUCCUAGCAGCAAGAGAAGGCAGUUUUGAAGCUUGUAAAAUGCUUUUGGAACAUUGUGCAAACCGUGACAUAACUGAUCAUAUGGACAGGUUACCAAGAGAUGUUGCUUUAGAACGCAUGCAUACAGACAUUGUUCGAUUGCUUGAUGACUAUAUGCCAGCUAGCCCACAGAUAAAUAUGUCAGCUAACGGCCCCAUGGGUUCUCCAGGAUUAAUGGCUCCUGGUAAUAUGCUUGGGUCCACAAAAUCGGUAAAGCAGAAAAAGCGGCCAAAAUUGAAUACCAUUGCUGGUCUUCCGAUGAAAGACGGUGAUAUGAUGAUUCCUGAUGUUGGUGUUAGGCGAAAAGCAUCAGUGAAGAAGAGAAAAGAGCCUCCACCAAUGCUCAUCCAAGGUAUUGAUGGUUCUGUCACUUUGUCUCCAGUAAACUCCUUGGAAUCUCCACGAGCAACUUCUUAUCUUGAAGGCACACCACCUCCUUUGGAAGCCUUGUACAAUGGUCACUUGGGUAUGUCUCACCCCAAUCUGGUAAAUGUUGACAACUGCAUGACAAACAAGCAGCCUCCUUCUUAUGAAGAUUGUAUCAACGCUGCUGCUCAUAUUUAUGAUGUAAUGGGUAUGGAAGCUUUAAACAUGGGACUUGGUCAUAAUUUUGGCAAUAAUGGUACCCAGUCAUCACAACAGCAGCAACAACAGCAACAAAAAGGGAUGAAGGCCAAUCAUCCCAGACAGAAUUCCAUUCCUGUCCCUACCUCUCUAGCUUACACCAUGUCAGCCUCACUGAACAAGCAGAGGCCUUCUCUGCCAACCUCUCCAACCCAUAUGGCUGCAAUGAGAGCAGCUCACCACCAAAAGAAUGCUCAAAUGCAAUCUCACAAUUCAAAUAAUACCUACGAUUACCCACCUAUGACAGACCUUCAUUGUAUGCUCACACAACCAAAGACUUCAGUUGCCAAUUCUUCUAAUAACUUGAAUGUUUCAUAUUCUCAACCAUACCAUUACCCCACACCACCAUCACAGCAUAGCCAGAAUGAGGCCACACCUCAGCAUUAUCUUCUGGGACCUGAAACUUAUUUGACCCCUUCUCCAGAGUCACCUGGACAAUGGUCAAGCUCUUCACCCCAUUCUGCACAAUCGGACUGGUCAGAGGGCAUAUCAAGCCCAAUGGGACCUACAAAUGUGCAUCCAUCAUUAUCUGUCAGUGACCAACAGAAAUCUCAAACGCAACAAGUACAGCAAUCACAUCUGGGACCAGAGGCAGUUUUCAUUUAGAGAAGACAUUAUGAACUACAGAAAGUGCUGUACAUAUUUAUUACUUCAUUUAUUAUCAAUUCAUUGCAUGUACUUGUUUAAAAAGUUGUAAAUAAUGAAAAAAUUAAGAAUAUAUGGUAUAUGAAUGACUGUAGCAUGCAAGGUUUGAUAGAUGUGAUGAAUAUUUACAUCCGUGAAAGGUUUACACACAAAUAUUCAUUUGUAUCACUGUCAUUUUUUAAUAUAUUUGUCAUCAUAAGAUCUGUAAUUUUCAUCUUCAUGUUGUAUAAUAUCUGUAAAAAUUGAGACAUCUUUCAAUUUAAUGUCAUAUUAAAACAUAUGAUUGUAUAAUCAAGUAGAUUUUUUAGAAUGUAAAUACAUUUUGUAUUUGUAAGAAAGCUGCACUAUGCAGGUCAUACAGUACAUUGUAAAUUUUGUAAUGUUUUAUAUACAACAUAUUGAUAUUGCUCAUUAAUUGUUUUUAGUGUUGUAUUUAUUUGAGUAGGACUAGAACUUAGAUUCUGAAAUUUUAUAGAAUCAGUUUAAAAACAUUACAAUGAAUUUUAAUUAAUUUUUAAAGAAGUAUUUUGUUUUGGAAAAGAUAAUGUCUAUUAGACAGCUAAGGAUGUAUAAAAGGCUGUUAAGAAUUAAACUAUCAGUUUUUGUCCCCAAACUUGCAAGACUAUAUGUCACUAUCAUCAAUGAUAUUUUCAUAUUUUGCAUUUUAUGAACUAGUUAUCUGGCUUUGCACAGAACUGUGAAAAUAUUUUAGCUUAGAAGUCAUUGAUUGUUAGAGAACUAUAUGAAAUGAGAAUUUUUGUAAAAUCUUAAAAUACCUAAAUAUAUGCCUUUAAAGCAUUCAAAAUUCCUUUUACAACUAAGAGGAAAAUGAAUAACAACAAUGAAGUUUUAAUAAUAAAUUGUUAAGGACCAUGCAUUCCAAGUAUGCAUACAUUAUUACUUUUUUAUAUGAAGUGACCAAUUUUAAGAAAUACAUCUGAUGUUUUAAACUUCCAUUUUAAUCAUGUGUCUGUGAACAGUUUUUAUUGAGUAAUGUCAUUGUAUUUUACUACUUGAUAUAGUAUUUUAAUAAAAAAUUUCUGUAUAUUGA